AUGUCCUCCACCCCGCGCAGGAAGCGCCAUCACCAACAGAACAACUCAGCCAACCAUGCACACCCUCCUUCGCAGGCCCAUCAAAGAACACGGUCCCAACAUCUUGCUGCGCAAGCUGCGGUUUCAGCAAACCAGAUCACGUCCGACUAUGAGUCCGACACUGCGAGCUACAUGGCUGCUCACGCAGCCUUGCCCAAUCCCGCCCUUGCCCAACGAUCCAACGACGAGAUCAAUAUAACUGUGCUGAGGCGCUACAUACCUUCUCUCACACAAAUUUACAGCAUUGCAUCCAACGCAGUUGUAUACGCAUACGAUUCCACCAGCGAUGUCGCCGGUUUUGAAAAGGCCAACAUCGAGGGGCCUCUGUUUACUUGCCAGCUCAACAGUAGCGAGGUCCAGAACAGCGUCUUCAUACUGAAUCGCAAGAGCACGGAUAAUCUAAGAUUGGAUCUGGCGACUGUCACCAACUUUGAGCAAUCAGGCGAUAUGCUCUACAUAGAGACCAUGGGCAGUAACGGCGAACCCAAGGUCUGGGGCCUCUACAUACAUGACUCGUCAGAUAACAGACGCGAGACACAUACCAGCGCCAUCCUGCGUUUGUGGCACGCCACUAAGGAGGCUCUCGUCUUGCAGGCACAGAUGAUGCAGCAAAGCCUUCAACAAGGGGGCGGCCGGCAGAUCAACAUAAACGACUUAUUGAAACGAUAA